AUGGUGGACAAACUUGUGGCAAGGAAUCUCGACGAUCCACUCCGCGCUCCUAUUCCCAAAAUUGUCGCAGCUAGAGGUUUAGUGGACGGGCGUGGCAUCGCAGCUGCGCUUAUGCUUGGCGCUGAAGGUGUUGCCAUGGGCACGCGCUUUCUAGCGUCAUUCGAGUCAGAGAUCACCAAAGAAUACCAAAAGGCAGUUGUCGACACCCAAGAUGGCGGUAGAUCCACGAUCCGCUCCCCAAUCUUCGAUAAAGCACGCGGCACCAUUUUCUGGCCCCCCAAAUACGCGGCACGCGGCGUCAUUAACAGGACGUAUUCCGAUUUCGCACAAGGAAAGGUGGCUGAAGCCGAUAGCUUCUCGCAAUAUCAGCAAGACUUGGAGAACGCACAGGUCAAGUAUGGUGUCAAUGGUCGAAUGAAUACCCUUGCAAGCACCGCCGUCGGUCUUGUGAAGGAAGUACUUCCCGCUGCUGAGAUUGUCCGGCGUGUAAGGAAGCAGGCCGAGGGGUUACUUGAUUGCAAUCGGACAUCCAGGCUGUAA